AUGGAUAUGGAAACAGAAAGUGAUAUACCAGAUGGUGGAAUUACCCCACGCAAUACUGUUUCCGGUCAGACAUCAAAGGAUCGAGGGUCAAGUAAAGUUGACCCAAGUUUUAAAUCAAAGCGAUACAGGGAUAAAUUACGUACUGAAAUCAAAGCCUUGGAAACGCUUAUUCCCAUCGACAGAUCCGUGCUACAUCGAAAGUUAGACAGUCAAACCAUCUUCCGGUUGGUGAUAUCUUACUUCCGAUUAAAAGUUUUGUUCAAAGCCAUUGGUCUCGCUGAUGGAGCGGACGUCGUGACAAACGGGACAACAGAAGAAGAAAGACAUAUAGCCGAGAAGUACUUUGAAGGAAGAAACAUUUCACAGAUAUUGGACGGCUUCCUGUUGGUUGUUGCCACAGACGGUACUAUCCUAUACGCCUCCGAUAAUGUUCUACAAUAUCUGGGCUUCAACCAAGUCGAUCUUCUACACAGAUGUAUUUACGGUGUUGUCCAUCCAGAUGACCACUUUGACCUGAAAAUGGUUUUUGAGCAGCCUCUAAUCCCCGGGGACUCUGGAUGUCGGCAACGAAGGGGAGACAACCAAGAAACAGCCAGGUCGACAUCGUUCAUUUGCAGAAUGAAGUGUUUCAACGGGACAGCAGCAGGCUAUUUAAAAAUACACUGCAUUGGAAAAAUUGACAAUUUUCCCGAACUGUCCUCAAAAUCAACCGGGAGUUUCCUACAAGUCAUUCGACUUUACUGUCAGCCAUUUAUGUUAACCGGAAAUGACAUCAACGAUGACGUAAAACAGAAUGUGUUCUGGAGUAAACAUGAUAUGGACAUGAAAAUAAAUGAGCUAGAUAAGAAAGCGGCAGCCAUGACCGGAUAUGACGUAGAUGAAUUAGACGGUCGUUCGAUUUACGAUUUUGUCCAUCCAGAGGACGUUGCUGCAUUCGCUUCCUGCCACAAAUCACUUGUAGAGAGCACAGAAGUUCAGACAACUUACUUCCGGUUCAUUACUAAAGACAAUGACCUAAUAUGGCUACAUUCUCGGGGAAAGGUGAUCAGUAAGAAUUCUAAGAAGUUCUCUAUCGUCUUUACACAUUGUCCGGUCAGAGAAGAAGACAGCACAUUCCUCCAGCAAGAGUCGACAAUACGCCAGCGAUUUGCUAUAAAUGAUCUACUUCAGCUGAUCCAAUACGGCUACUACACCAGUAACAACCGAACAAAUUCUGAUCGCUGUGACAGUCACGUCAAUCAUAAGACCAACGGUCAGAUUUGUACACCUCAUAUAGGAUUCACUGAAGAUGCAUCGUUGUCUUUCUACAGCGCACUGGUCAGUUGUCCGUCAACUCUUCAUGCCAUGAAUGAUCGACACUCUCCUGUUCUACCGUCUACUCACGUUGCACAUAAAAUUACUCAACGGGAGAAACAGCUCCAGUUUCAGGAGUUUAGAAGACGGCAAGAGUUUGAACAAGACAGUAACCAAUCUUCUGCUGAUUUUCUCCCAUAUCACUGGCAGAUGCAACAACCCGUCAAAUUUGCACGUCAGAAACAACCACAAACAGAAGAAAGUCACCACCAGCAGUAUUCUAUGCGUCGCCGUUCCGAAAUGAACGUUCGUGACACAAAACCGAUCAAAUCCGAGCCUGGAUGCAAUGCAUCAUAUCAGCCGUGCACUUACAAUCCAUACCUUGUUUUUCAGGAUCCCCGGACCAACCGUGUAAACUGUAGACCAUGUGUUGGUUACGAACCUUCUAUAUGCCCCUUACCCACAUCAGAUCAACUAGUAUUUAAUCUCCCACCCUCUCCACCCGUAUCACCAAGGAAGUUUCUAGCAGACAGAUAUGCAAUGUAUUCAAAUCACCAGACACCGUACUAUCCUUCUAGUUUUCACUCUCCCUCCCAACGUUUCAUGUACAGUGUUGAGCAAAGUCCGUAUCACUUCCCUACUGGUUGUCAUAGUAUGAUUGGUUCUGCCAACAACUUUCCUGUUCCACCGAUCGUUCAAAACACUGAUACAGGAACAUGUUUCGAACCACCACUAAAUCUGAGAGGUGCUAACACACGUAAUCAUACAAAACCACAUGCAAACAUAAGACUUUCUAUGCACUGUGAUUACUCUUCGCCGAAGUUUCAAGGAACAUUUGUCUCAGAAGACAACAAAUUUCAUCCGUAUUCGUCAAGGCAUCAUCUGCAUUCGAUGCCCCUGCAAAGACAACGAAUGCAAUCUCAUAUUCAACAGCAAGGAACAUGUGGACAAUUUAACCAAGCACAGGAGGAAAGCAUACAAUACGACAUCGAGGCCUCCAUACACAUGAAGAUUGUGGACAAUUCAAUGUCAAAAUCUGUCGAUAGUAAACAGGAACUUGACCUGCCAUCGAUUGGCAGUUUCCUCGACUAUCUCAACGACAGCUAG